GUGUUCGCGCGAGCGGCAGGUUCAGUUGCCAUCGGCGCGUCCAUGAAAUCGUGUCGCUUGGUUCGUGGUUGCGGCCUCGAAAGCGGCGUGUUGUGAAGUGCGGCGCACAUCAGCCUAAAGGGAAGAAAAACGGAAAAAGAAAAGGAAAAGCGCACAACAAUCUUCUUUCUCUCUCUCCCUUCCACACCUAUCCGUGCUGCUGUGUACACUAAGAACCGACACGCAUAAACAAGACAAACAAAAUCUACACAACAUAAAACAAACACACAGUCCACGGUCGAAGGAAGGCUCACACCAUGGACGAUGAUCAGCAGUUCUGUCUUCGAUGGAACAAUCACCAGAGUACGCUCAUCUCGGUGUUCGACACACUGCUGGAGAAUGGUACACUGGUCGAUUGUACGUUGGCGGCCGAGGGAAAAUUGCUGAAGGCACACAAAGUCGUUCUGUCGGCAUGCAGUCCCUACUUUGCGACCAUACUCUCCCAGCAGUACGACAAGCAUCCGAUCUUCAUACUCAAAGAUGUGAAAUUUCAAGAACUGCGCGCCAUGAUGGACUACAUGUACCGUGGCGAGGUGAACAUCUCCCAGGACCAGCUGGCCGCCCUGCUGAAGGCGGCCGAGUCGCUGCAGAUCAAGGGUCUGUCCGACAACCGCAGCAGCUCGUCGUCCGGGACCGCCGCAGCAGGAGGCGGCGUGCACCAGAAGCAAAGCGAUGCACCCGCCGCAAAAACUCUACAGCCUCCCGUACCUGCCAGCAAGGCAUCAGGUCUGACGAUCGAGAACAAACGGUCCCUCAAGUCCGAGUUGCUCGAGUCCGAUGUGUCCGGUUCGCGAGAAGGUUCAACUAGUCCCACGUCGCGAAAGCGUAAAAAAGUUCGCCGACGAAGCGUAGAUACGAACAACCUACUAAUAGAUAAUCAUGACCAGCAUUCAAAUUCCUCAUCACAUUCAAUGCACACCGCUGGUGGCGCUAACGUGGCUGCAGCCGUAGCCGCCGCCGGCGCUCCAGCCGCCAACGUCGCCUCGUCUCUUUCCUCAGCAUCAUCCACGGCCGCUGCUGGCAGCAACACCAGCGCUAACGUGCUGUCCGUUGCCGCCGUGGCCGCUGCCGCCGUUCUCAAAAAGACUGAAACCGUUCAACAGGCAGCCGCGGAAACACUGAAGCUACAGAAGCAGCAGGCUGCCGCGGCUGCGGCUGCCGCCGCCGCACAGUCUUCUGACGACGAGGAACGAUGCGGACCGGGCAGUGUGGCCACCGGCACCGAGCACGACGACGGUAACGAUCUUUCGGACAAUGAGCACGAUGGCGACGGCGGUUCUUCGGUCAAGUCUGGCUCGCGGCACCACCACCUUCGGGAUGGUAGCCGACGCGGCAAAACGUCCACCUCGUCGAUGGGCGAAAUGAUGAUCGAACCGAAAAGCGAGUACGAAGACGUGCAGGACGAGAAUGUGGAGGAUUUGACAAUGGACGAUGAAGAUCUAAUGGACGAACUGGACCAGGCCGGACCGAGCCACGGUGGCGAUGUAUCUAGUCAAGGGUUUGCACAAUGGCCGAUGGAACGUGAGCAAAACGAAGCGUUUAUUGCCGCUCAGGACGCUGUUGGUGGACAACAUCGAGACGCACAAGUUUCUGUACCCGUAGGUGAGGCGAGCGACACUGAUGGAGGCCCAUUGGUCGGUGGUGCUGCCGGAGGAGGAGCGCCAGAAGAAGGCGAUCUCGUAACCGAUCCCACCGGUAGCGAGGGUAGUGCGGCGGCCACUGUCAUAGCCGCCACCGCUGCAGCCGUCGGCGACAUCAUCGGGUGUUGCAGUGGCAACAUCAGCAGUGCCAUCACCAUUACUAACAGUGGCGUGGCAGUGGCGGCAGCAGGCAAUAGUGUUGAGAGCAAAGACGGACCGAUGAUGAUGUGCACUACUGCUGGUGGUAGUGGCGGUGGUGGCGGCGGUGGCGGUGGCGGCUGCAGCAGUAGUGCAAGUAGUAGUAGCAGCAACAGCAGCAGCAACAGCAGCAGCAGCAGCAGUAGUAGCAAUGGUGGUAUCGCUAGCGGUACCACCGGUAAUAGUGAUGCUGCAGCCGCAGCCAUAGCCCUGGCCCUAAACCAGCAGCAGCCGACCAACAUGUCGGCGGCUGCAGCCGCCGCCUUGAUGGCCGAAUACAUCAAGAGCGAUGUAGUGGGGGUCACGUUCCCUUUACCUGUUGUUACUACUACCCAGCCGUCGCCACCGAUCGGUAGCGGCGGCAGUGCCGGGGAAGGAUCCUCCUCCCACAAGCAGCUCGUGGCAGCCUCGCUGAAGCUGCAAUCUCAAUCCCAACCAUUGGCGCUGCACCAGCAGCAACAACAACAGCAGCACCAGCAGCAGCAGCAGCAGCAGCAGCAGCAGCAGCAGCUACAGCAGCCGCAGCCGCAAACGACAGCACUACCGCUACUCUCACCGAAAUCGCCACCGAUCGAUGAGCAACCGUGCGAUCUGCGGAUGCUAACGCCGGCGACGUACUUGCGGGAGUUUGCCAGCGCGGUGAAGCCGGAAUCGUUCGCGGUUGCCGCCGCCACAGCGAUCAAGCUCGCCGCGUCGGCCAACACGGGCAGCGCCAGUACGGCGGCCGCGCUGCCAAUGCCCAUGUUCAAGGGUAUCAGCAUGACGACACCGCCGCCCCAGCCGGCAAUGGCGAUGCCUUCGCCGAUCGUCGGCGGCACGUACUCCUGCACACGGUGCGGCAACUCGUACGCCCGCCCGCACAGCCUCAACCGGCACAUCCGGUUCGAGUGUGGCGUCGAGCCGAAGUUCGAAUGUCCCGUGUGUCACAAAAAGUCGAAGCACAAGCACAACCUGGUGCUGCACAUGCGCACCCAUCAGCAUCGAUGAUCCAGCAGCAGGGGGCUGCUUACGAUGCUGCGCUGCUUACUGCUGCUGUGCUUCCAUUUCGUUGCGGAUCAUCAUCGACGUCGCCAAAACGUCGCCGCUUGUUGUUGUGUCGGUUUACUUUUGCGGGGCACUUUCGUGCGGGGCACACGUUUUUUUUUUUUGCUGCUAGCUACGUUUGCUAGCUGUGAUGUGUGUUCGCACGUAUGCAGACUCUAUACACGAAAGCUUGUGUAGCAGAGGGCGACAGAGGGAAACAGAGAAGGAAACAAACAAAAAACUACACUUUCUUGCGCAGCUGUGAUUCUGUUGUGACGGGCAAAAGACGAUGCUGGUAGAAAGGGAAGCGCGCGAACUGUUCGAGCAGGAGCGAAAGGGAAUCCACGUGUUUUGUUACAAUUGUUAUUUUUGAUCUUUUCACUACCUUAUUAUUUUUUCUUUAAUCUUUAUUGCUUCGCAAUUGUUAUUACCAUUAUCUAACGUUAUUUUAGUUGCUUUACUAUUUUAUUUCACCGUAUCAGCUAAAUUAUCGUAAUAUGGAAUUGUUUGUAGUCAGAAAUAACCAAAACAACAUAUCCAUCAGUCUGAAUUAGUGGAAAACAAGGGAUACAAAAAAAAACGGGGAAAACAAGAAAGGAGUACACGCACGGAAUGGAGAGAAAGGGUGUGUGUAGCAAACUUAAAACAGUCGAUGGAAAUGGAUAUAUAACAGUUCAUAUAGUCAAGAGCGUUUAAGGAAACAAAGGUUUAAAAAAUCACAUUCUAAGAAUUAACAAAAUCCUAUCUGGAUGUAAAAUUGAACUAAUCAAAUGGAUUGACAAAGAGUUGAAAAAGUAAAGUAAACGUUUAUAGCUUAUAGGUUAGUAGUACGUAAAUGACACAAUCUGUCAUUAUUAUUGCCUACCGGUUUACCCCGUGCUCUGUGCCAAGCAGUUGAGCAUCGAACGGUAAUGUAAUAUGGGGCAUAUUCGUGUGUGGGUUAAGGGUAUACGUACUGCAGGGCAGUAAAACAAGAGCAACAAAAGUUGUAAGGAAAAUCGAUUACCCUUUUAAAAGCAUGUGGAUGUGUAUGUAUAUUGUGAAUUGAUCUGUGGUGAAAACAGAAACAAAAAAAAAGUUGAAAUUUUUUGGUUAAUUAAUGCUUGGUUUUUCUUGGUUCCUUCAGGCGCACACAUACACACCAAAAUCGAAGGCAAUUUUUAUUAAGUUCUUAUAAAAUAUUAAAACAAAAACACAUCAUGCAAUGUCUAACGAAACAGUCACAUAGUGACACUAACGAGAAGAGAGCGAAAGCAGAUCCCGGUUAUAUCGCAGGAUUAAGCAUUGAAUUACCAUUGAAAGGAGGGAUAGUGUCUAAACAUAAAUUAGGUGGGUCAGUUACUUAACAUUCUUGUUUUAGGUUUUUUUUUGUUUUGUUUACCUCUUAAAAGUUCUUAAACGGUGUUUGUGUAAUUUUGCCCUUUUGCCGCCAUAUGUUAAAUCUUCGUAAGAUCGAUAAAUAUUCACAAGCAAGCAACGAGUAAAGCGGGGGAGCAGCUGCUUUGUUAUGUGGACAAUUUCUUUCUUUAAAACGUCUUUCAAUUCUAAUUCUAGAUUCAAAAUACCACUUUCCGCUUUCCCAAAGGAAGAUAUAGAACAUUUAUUACACGCACUGCAUGUAGGACAUGCAAAUCAGUCCCGUAAUAUAACGCUGUUUAUCGUGGUGUGUACCGUAGGUCGAUGAUGGAGAAGAAGAAAAAAGAAUUCGAGUCAUUUUUACAUUGAGUAAGGUUCUUCUGUUCCAAACACGAAAAUCAGUACUUUACAAGAUGCCAUUUGGCAGCAAGCUCGUUGUAAACGAAUGCUUACCAGCCUACGGUCAAAUUGCAGUUGUGUUUGUUUUUUCCAUUCUUCUUUAUUGAGUUUUUGCAUAGCAUUAUUUAUACUAUAUACAUGUAGAUAAACGCAGCGGGGAGCCAAGCUCCCUCUAAAUCAUACGCAUAGGUUGAUUGUGAAGCAUAGCUGCCGAAGCAGCAGCAAAAACCGGAAAAGGGAAAUAAUGGAGCAGUUGACCGGGUGCAGUUUACCACGCCCCGCGCAGUUGAUGGUCGAUUCGUUCACUGUUAAUAUCGUUUACGCAACAAUUGGUUACCAGACUACUAAUAUGUAAAGGCAGAAAAAUGUAUAUUAUGCAACAAAAUACACACACACACACCUCCAGAUAAUCGCGCAGUUACACCAAUAAUAAGAUCGUUUAGCUAAGAAGAUUUAGGAACGGGUUAACAUAUUAACAUAUUAAUAGGUAAUACUGGGUUAGUGGACAGGUCUGUUGGACGCAUAAAACGCAUAUUAGUUAUUUUAAAGCUUUACUUCUUUUGCAUACGUUAAGGUAGUAUAUUUUUUGUUGUGGUAUGCAAUUGAUCAUUGAGCGAAUGGCAGCAGCAGCAGUAGCAUCAUCAUGGAGUGUGUGUUCGAGUGAUAAUAGUUAUAGACUGUGUGUGUGUUAUAGUCUGAAUGGGUGAGAUAUCAGGUGAUCAGGUGGGAAUGGAUAUUGAUGGAUAUUUAUUGAUUGCUUUUGGGCAUUGUUUUUGAUCAGUGAAAGGAAUGGUAUUUGCACGGGCUGUGCAACGGCACAAAUCCACGAAUCCAUUACACAGCCGGAUCGUUUAGUGGGGCCAGAGAAUCAACAGCCAGAGUGAUUGGAAAUUGCAGUGCAAUAAUGUGGAUGUAAGAUUUAGUUAGCGAAAGAAGUGAAGCGCGCAGUCGACGGGACGGAAAUGAUGGGAGAAACACGCUUUGCGGAAAACCAACAACGUUAUUUGUACCCCAGUUAGCACCGAAUGCUGUGUGUUACCGUGAUAAUGGAAAUCAGUAGCAGGACUUUCUGCUUUGCGUGUGUUUAUCACAUUUUGCAUGAUUUAUCAUCAUUGGGUUAUUUCACAAAGAUCAAGCUUCUGCAUAUGGAAGUUUAAACCGAAUGCAAAAAAACAAUACAAAAAUUGGAUCGCGGAAUAGGUUUUGCUGUAAUAACUAUGGACAUUGUUUUCAAUGCUCGUGAGACCAAGUAGCAUACUCGAACAGAGUAGUUCUCCCAGAAUUGCAUCAUAUACACAAAUACAUGUUACCACUAACUGUUGUUGGCGCGUUGUUUAGAGCGGGAAAAGCACAUAGUAACACACAGAGCAAAUAUGUUGGAUUCGAACGGAUUCUAAAAGUACCAGACGGCGGGUCCCUUAAGGGUGACGCGUAGGAAGAUGAGGUGUAACGUAAAGCUAGAUGUAGAACAAUAACGAAUGAGCGAAAGGAAGCGAGGUAGGCUUAUGCAUUUAUUGAACGAAAGGCAUAGGCACUGGUAGUGUUAAAUAGCGCAUUAUUUUGCGUAUCAUGGGCGUGUGUUUAGUGUGUGAUGGUCGAUGGGGUGGGAGAAUGGAGAGGGGGGAAAAACAAGAAAACUGAAACAAUUGGAUUGUGAUAUUUGCAAAAGAGUAUAGUCGUUCUUUAUUUAAUUUUUUUCUCAAGAAAAAGAUAGAGAGUUGCGAUACGAUGAUGAUAAGGAGAGCGUGGACACAUUUAAGGGAAACACGAAAUAGUAUAGAUAAACAUUGCCUACGAUAAGUGGAUUUUGUGUCGUAUGAGAUCAGGUAGAAUGAUCUUCAUGUAUGGGGGAGGUGAAAAAAGGAUAAAUAUUAUUAACUCGGAUACUACUUACUAGAGACGAAUCGAAACACGAACUGCAAGGGAAAGACGCAUAAACAGAACCAAUCUGGCGAUGAUAUCGACAGCAAAACAUCCAUUUCCGGAAUGUUCCAGAUGUGUGGAUGGGUUAGUUGUAAGAACGGCUCAGUGAUCGGCAGUACCACAGAAGAAAUGGGAAAGAAACCCGAAACGAAAGCAAAUAUUAAAGCGAACCAUUUUCAUGUCAUGCUCUGCCUGCAACGACAUUGCUGGGGGGGCGCAUGUUUUGGUGGAUUUUUUCUAUCUGUAUGCCAUUUUGUUGCUCAGAUCUCGGAUACUUCACCUCACAAUAGAAUUCUGCUUUCCACCAGACGAACGAAACACAUACACACCACUCUCCGCUAGGUAUACACACUUUGUUGAAAGCCCAUGAAAUCGCACAUGUUGAUCAGUCCAGCUGCAGGGGAUCCAUCCGUAUCUGGUGUAAAAAUGCAACAGUUACUUAAACAAUACACACACACAUUUAGGACACACAUACACCGUGCAAAAAGGGGUAGUGAUGCAAAUGUUUCCCCUUUAAGGAAUUGCGUCCUUUCCCUUGCGUGGUGGGGUACGGUCGUUAGCGUUUUUGUUUUAAAUAUUGAACGCAUUUUUGCUUGCUUUUGCUGCAGGUGUGGGGUUGAUGGAUGGUUGACAAAGCAAUUCUUUGUUGAUUAGGUUUUGUGUUUGCAUUAUUCUGUUUGUGUUAGAAAGGUCAAAAUUUAUGUUUCCCACUUUUAUUCGAACGGUAUUUAUCGUGGGAAUGUUUUUAUUUUAUCGAUAAUGCCAUUAAAUUUUACAAAGCAAAAAACAAACACACACAUAUAUACUGAUUUGGAUAUCUCACAUACACAACAGUCCUCUUUAGAUACGGUUUGGAACUGUUCAUACAAAGCGGAAGAGGAGGAGCGCAGUGAAGAAUAGAUGGACUACAGAAAAAAAAACAACAAGGAUAAAAAAGGGAUAAAAGAUAAAAAAAAUGUGCUGUGAACGAAAAUAUUGAUGUGAUUUUUUGUGAUCGUUAUUGUUAUAACAGAGAGGAAAAGGGGCGAAACAUAAAUGAAAGUAGAGCCUAUAUAGCUCAGACGAAUCAUUAGAUAAAUUAUAUACAUAGAACAGGGGGAAAAAAGAACUAAAGCAAAGCAAAAAUUAUUGGAACGCCCCACCCCCUCCUUCCCCAUCCUCCCCCAAAACGUGUGAGCUUGAUGAACGUGUCUCGAUGAAUCAGUAAAACAAAACAGUAUAAGAAAAAGUGAAAGUGAGCAGAUUUAUAGGAAAAAAAAAACAGAAACCAGAAUUUAUAUUUUGUGAACGAAAGGAAAACAGGUCGAAAAACAAAGUUAAACACAAAAAGGUUCGUUUUCCCCCCCUGCACAGAAUCUUACCAUCGCGUUGCAUCGUGAAAAAGUACCAUUUAGUGCAAUUCACAACGUACUGGAUUCGGAAAGUGGGGUGGAAGUAAGCCGUUUGGCGAAACUUUUCUUUUUUUUUUUUGUAACAUAUGUGUGUGAUUAUUGGCUAGCGAUGAGGACGAGGAGAGUGUGGUAUCAGGGCUAAGGAGUAGACAAAACAAAACAUUGCAACUGGUGGGAUGGAGUUAGUCAAUGGAAUUGUGAUCCGUUUUUCCGAUCCCUGGUGUGUAUGGUGUGUGCGUGUGUGGGGGGAGAGGACAACAAAUUGAAUGGUAGGGAAGUUAUGCCACUGGAUGAGUUAAUGCGCGGAUGCGAUGACGCGUGGACACGUUUACUUAAAAGAGCCGAACACUGUAUAUCGCCAUUUUUACAUACACAACACGCAACCACACGCAAAGCAACGAAUUGGAUCUCUUCAGUCUGUUUUCUUAUGACAGAUUAGCAAUGCAGGAACAGUGAAACAGUCUGGCUCUUAACAGCGUUUGUGUGUGUGUGUGUUUGAGUGAGUGUGGCACGAUAAAAAAGCUGGCAAUGUGUAGUAAUGAGAUACAACAGAUUUCAAACAAUGACAGGAUAAGAAUGUUCUAUAAAAGGACGCCAAGUUACCGAACAGAAACAGCAGAGAGAGAGAGAGAGAGAGAGAGAGAGAGAAAAUAACAUUUACACAUUGUUUAUGUUGUAACGGAUCAAUACUAAGUUAAAGCGAAAUGAUAGCAUGCCAAUGUUGAAAGUUACCAGAAAGCGAAAUCUUAAGCUGUGUUUCAAGUGUGCAAUGUCAACGAAUACACGAAAGUUACCACAAGUUAAACGGGAGAGAACGAAGGCGCCUUGAUCGUUCGUUCGAUCAUGUGUUAUGGUUACGAUCUUUUCGGGGAGGGGAGGGGGGAGGAGGGGGUGCCAUUUGUCGCAAUAGGUUGAGACACGGGGAGACACACAGCGAAAAGGGGUUAAAAUGUUCUGUGAGAAAACAGAAGUAAAACAAAAACGCGAGUGCGACCACAGAUCCACACAUACACACAUACACGCACCCUUAAACGGCUUAAACUAUCUCUACGAAACGAAAAGAUAAAAGCAAGAUGCGUGUAACCACUGGUGUAAUAGGUGUAGAGUGUAAGUGAUUAACCAUACUACACACGGAUAUGAGUCCGUGGACGCGGUUGGGCCAACACCGUGCGCGCAGCAUUGCUUAAAAUUAAACCAACUGUAAGCUUAAGUGCACCUUUAUUAACGAAACGAGAAACGGGAAGGAACAAAAACAAAAAUGGCAGGUAACAGAAAGGUAGAGCAAAAAGCGAAACCCUCCAAUAACGGUCAAUCACAAUCGGAGUUUCGGAAAAUUAACUGUGACAGCAAAGGAAAGUAAACGGAAAGCGCUUAAAUUUUUAAGGAAGGUAGCAGCGGUGGCGUGUGUAGAGAAACAGUGUACAUUUUAUACCAAAACUAAUGAUCAUUUAAUAUUUUGUUUAAUAACUUUUUCGCGACUAAGAGAAAGAGGGCGGCUUACUACACCGGGCGUGUAGGUUGGUUGCAAGAAACUAAACGAUAAAUAUUAAUGCAAAAAAAGAAGUGAAUACAUCUUAUAUAUUAUAUAUAUACACUGAAAAGUAACAUGCAUACAGACGAUAAAGAAAAGGAAGAUGAAUGAUCGACCUCUAAACACUACUGGGCACUACUAGUCGAAGUCGACCAAAAGAAGUUUUGAAUGUAUAAAAAAAGAAACACACACGCAAGGAUCGAUCACACAAUUGGCGCCGGAUGUAUGUAUGUAUGUAUGUAUGUAUGUAUGGGAUAUAUAUAGCUAUAUAUUUAUAUACACAUAUUAAGAACCGAACGGAUGUUAGAUCAUCGGUGGGGUAACCAAGAGUGUGAAGCGCGCAGUUUUGAAAUGCAAAAGUGAGCAAGGAAGAGAGCGAUAAAGGUGAAAUAAUAUACAUUAGUUGCUUGUGCGAAUCUGAAUAUAGAGAAAAGUUGGAAAGGUGAAAUAAUAAAAGAAGCAAAACGUAAUUAAACAAUGUCAACAAAAAAGGAGCAAAAAUAAGGAAAUACAAAAGCGAAACCAAACUAAAUGAAA